AUGAACAAACGCUUUGUUCCUGGUCAUUACAGUAGGGAGGUUCAUCAGAAACUCAUGAGAAUUACCCAGGGAACAAAAGGUGUAGAAGACUACUACCAAGAGAUGGAAAUCCUGAUGGUGAAAGCUGCUGAAGAGAGUCAUGAGGAAUAUGUGGAUAUCUAUGAGUUUUUACACAAGGAAAUUCUCAAUGAGAAGCAGAUGAAGAGGAAACCGAAUCCUAAAAGCUCUUAUGGUAACACCACCAGACCAUCCUAUGGUAAAGAAGAUAAAGUGUUUGUGAAACCAAAAGAAGAACCAAAGGCGUCUGGUCAGGGUGACCAAGGAAAAGCACCGGCCACAAGAAACAAAUAUGUGAAGUGCUUCAAAUGCCAUGGUUUUGGUCACUAUGCCAGCGAGUGUACUAACAUGAAAGUCAUGAUCUUCCUUGAGAGUGGAGAACUGAUCUCUGAGGAUGAGAAGGAUGAGGUUAGUGAGGAAGAAGUUGUAGGCUAUCCAGUGUGUGGAGAGCUUCUGGUCACUAGAAGAUCCUUGAAAGUUCAGUCCAAACCAGAGGAGCAUGAUCAAAGAGAGAAUCUCUUCCAUACUCGUUGCAUUGCUUAUGAUAAGGUUUUCAGCCUGAUUAUAGAUGGUGGAAGUUGUUCUAAUGUGGCUAGUGAAUCUCUUGUGGCAAAGCUUGGUCUAAAAACUGGAAAACAUCCAAGACCUUAUUUGCUUCAGUGGCUGAAUGAAGAUUGCGAGUUGAAGGUCACAGACCAAGUUAUGGUUCAUAUAACCAUUGGGAGAUACCAAGAUGAGAUAGUUUGUGAUGUUCUGCCUAUGGACUCUAGCCAUUUUCUCCUUGGAAGGCCUUGGCAGUAUGAUAAGAAAGCCAUUCAUGAUGGGUUCACAAAUCGUCAUUCUUUCACCCAUAGAGAUAAGAAGAUUGUUCUAGCUCCCUUAUCACCUCAGGAGGUUCAUCAAGACCAAGUUCAACUCCAGCUCAGAAGACAAGAAGCUAUAGAGAAAGAAAAAUCACAUGAAGAAGCUAUAGAGAAAGAAAAAUCACAUGAUGGAAAGAAAGACAAGGAGAUUCACCUCAUGGCCAAAAACAAUGAGGUUAAGAAAGCUAUGUAUCUCCAACAGUCUAUACUUUUGUUUGUCUUUAAAGAUGCACCAAUGACUUCUUCUGAGUAUGAACCGGUGCUACUGAGUGAGUUUAAGUUUCUUUUGAAGAAAUUUUCUGAUGCAUUUCCAGAAGAGAGCCCCAAUGGACUGCCACCAAUUAGAGGGAUUGAACACCAUAUAGAUCUUGUUCCUGGGGCUUAUCUUCCCAAUCGGCCAGCUUAUAGAAUCAACCCUGAAGAGACUAAGGAACUGCAGACACAGGUUGAUGAGUUGAUGGAGAAAGGCCACAUCAGAGAAAGCAUGAGUCCAUGUGCAGUUCCAGUACUCUUGGUGCCAAAGAAAGAUGGAAGUUGGCGCAUGUGUGUAGACUGCAGAGCCAUCAACAAUAUCACUGUAAAGUACAGACAUCCUAUCCCUAGACUUGAUGACAUGUUAGAUGAAUUGCAUGGUUCAUGUGUGUUCUCUAAGGUUGAUUUAAAAAGUGGAUAUCAUCAGAUUAGGAUGAAAGAGGGAGAUGAGUGGAAAAUUAUUUUUAAAACCAAACAUGGGUUAUAUGAGUGGCUUGUUAUGCCAUUUGGUCUCACAAAUGCACCUAGUACAUUCAUGAGAUUGAUGAAUCACGUCCUAAGAGCAUUCAUAGGCCACUUUGUUGUAGUUUACUUUGAUGACAUUUUGAUCUACAUCAAAAGUUUGAAUGAGCAUGUGUGUAACACCCCCGAACCGUUUUAG